AUGUUCCCAAACUCAAUUUUGGGUCGCCCACCUUUCACUCCAAACCAUCAACAUAACUUCUUCGCCCUAUCACCAACUCUUUAUUCACACCAGCAGCUUAUAGAUGCACAGUUCAACUUUCAGAAUGCAGACUUGUCUAGAGCUGUGUCAUUACAGCAGUUGACAUAUGGAAAUGUCAGUCCACUUUCCCCAUUAUUUCGAGGAAGGAAGAGAUUAAGCGAUGAAAAAAACCUUCCUCUUGAUGGUAAACGACAACGUUUCCAUUCACCCCACCAAGAGCCAACUAUACUUAACCACAUAGUGCCUUUAUCAGGUGAUAGAAGAUACUCAAUGCCUCCGUUGUUUCAUACAAACUAUGUACCAGAUAUAGUCAGAUGUGUUCCACCUUUUCGAGAAAUACCAAUUUUAGAACCUAGAGAAAUCACACUGCCCGAGGCCAAAGAUAAGUUGAGUCAGCAGAUUCUGGAGUUAUUUGAAGCAUGUCAGCAGCAAGUAAGUGAUUUAAAGAAGAAAGAACUCUGUAGAGCACAACUGCAGAGAGAAAUUCAGCUAUUAUUUCCACAAAGCAGAAUUUUUUUGGUUGGGUCCUCUUUAAAUGGAUUUGGUACCCGGAGCAGUGAUGGUGAUUUAUGUCUAGUUCUUAAAGAUGAACCAUGUUUUUUUCAGGUAAAUCAGAAGACUGAAGCACGGCAUAUACUCACCUUAGUCCAUAAACACUUCUGUACUAGACUUUGUGGCUACAUUGAGAGACCUCAGCUGAUUCGAGCAAAAGUGCCAAUUGUGAAGUUCAGGGAUAAAGUCAGUUGUGUGGAAUUCGACUUGAAUGUAAACAAUAUUGUUGGAAUAAGAAACACAUUCCUUCUUCGAACUUAUGCAUAUCUUGAAAAUCGAGUUCGUCCAUUAGUACUGGUGAUUAAGAAGUGGGCAAGUCACCAUGAUAUAAAUGAUGCCAGUCGUGGUACUUUAAACAGCUAUAGUCUUGUAUUGAUGGUUUUGCACUACUUACAAACCCUACCUGAACCCAUCCUUCCAUCCAUCCAAAAAAUAUACCCAGAAUCUUUUAGUCCUGCUAUACAACUGCACCUUGUACAUCAAGUUCCAUGUAAUGUUCCUCCUUACCUCUCAAAGAAUGAAUCAAAUCUUGGGGACCUCUUACUGGGCUUUCUUAAGUAUUAUGCUACGGAAUUUGACUGGAACAGUCAAAUGAUUUCAGUUCGUGAAGCCAAAGCCAUUCCCAGGCCUGAUGGUAUUGAAUGGAGAAAUAAAUACAUCUGUAUAGAAGAACCUUUUGAUGGAACAAAUACUGCCAGAGCUGUGCAUGAAAAGCACAAGUUUGACAUGAUAAAGGAUCAAUUUUUAAAGUCAUGGCACAGAUUGAGAAACAAAAAAGAUUUGAACAGUAUACUACCUUUAAGAGCUGCUGUCCUGAAAAGAUGA